AUGGUCUCACAGAAAAGAUCUCAAAAGGCAGCUCACGAGAGAAACGUUAAAAGACGCAAAGAACAAGAUGCAUUGUUGGAAGGCGGGCUAUUCACACGCGAAGAUUUCGAAAAUAUAGAGGACUUAGUGCCCAGCAAGAAAUCCUGGGAUGAUCAAGAACAGGAUUACGAAUUGCAACCGAGGAAGUUGGGGUAUAUUGAAGACCAGGUCGAAGGAUUACCUAUUAAAGUGAAGGGCAAGGUAGAACGAAGAAUCAUCGACGCUAGACCGGCUAAGUCAACCGAAGUGGCCAAGGAGAGCACACAGAGUAAAGAGAGCACACAGAGUGAAGAACCGCACGAGGCAGAAUCAGGGCCAGAGCCGGAAGAAGAAGACGAAGGGGCAACGGUGGACACUGCUGAGCGCGUUCUAAAGCUGAAAGAAGAAAUUGCUGAAGCAGUCGAGAAUUUAAUGGAAGACUCUGAGGAACAUAUUGCAUCCCUAACUCGUCUACGAAAGAUGGCUCAGUCGAAAAAUACAAAUACCUGUAAGUUUUCAAUGCUGGCGCUUGUGCCUGUGUUCAAAAGCAUCAUCCCCGGUUACAAAAUUAGGCCACUUUCGGACUUGGAAAAGAGGGAAAAAGUGUCAAAAGAGGUUGCUAAGCUUCGCAACUUUGAAGAGGUCUUGGUUCACAACUAUAAAGAAUACAUAGAGUUGCUAGCCACACUCGCGAAGACUCCCAACAGUGGCAACACGAUACAGGUCGCUCUGGGAAACCUAGCGGCCAGCGCUGCUGUGGAACUUUUACCCACUGCUUCUCGAUUUAACUUCAGUACGGAAGUUUUAUCGUUACUUAUUCGCAGAAUCUGCAAACCCAAUCCCAAAGCUGAUCCGGUCUAUACGAAGAUCAUAAAGGCUCUGGAGAAUUUAUUGAGUGAGGACGACGAAGGUAGCAUCUCCCUAGAUGUUGUUCGAAUCUUUUCAAAAACCCUCAAAACCAGGUCUUUUCUGGUUGACGAAUCAGCUUUAAAUAUUCUACUUUCAUUGGAAAUUCUCCAAGGCUACGAUCCUAACACCAAGACGGAUGAGCAUCGGAAACCGAAGCUGAAAAAAAAAGAUAGAGUUCACAUUUCUAAAAAACAAAGGAAAGCUAGGAAAGAGCUGAAAAAAGUAGAGGAAGAAAUGCAUAGAGCCCAGCAGACAGUUUUUGCCGAGGAGCGGGAAAGAAAUCAGGCAGAAAUUCUGAAAUUGGCGCUAGCCUUAUACUUGAAUAUUUUGAGGCAAAAUAAUUCUCAACUGAUCGGUGCGGUGCUCGAGGGUCUUGCAAAGUUUGGCCACAUGUCUAAUUUUGAUCUCCUAGGUGAUUUUUUGGAAGUUUUGAGAGAACUGAUUACUACAAGCGAGUUAGAUAGCUUGUCUUCGACUGAAACCCGUAAGGUCUUACUUUGCAUCGUCACAGCGUUUUCCCUUGUAUCGCGUCACAGUGCCAUGAAAGUCACAAUGGAUCUCUCUUCAUUCGUCGACGCUCUGUACGCGAUAAUACCCAACAUUUCGCUCGAUGCCGAUCUCGAAUACUCUCAUAAAUCUUUAAGAAUGGCCGAUCCUUUGAAUAGCGAGUUUAUCAAACCUUCUGUUAAUGUUUCAACUAAGGCUGAACUUUUAUUAAGAGCGUUGGAUUACGUCUUUUUCAGAUCCAAAUCGGGCUCUAAAGUCCGCGCAGCGGCAUUCACCAAAAGACUCUAUACUGCAAUGGCCAACACCCCUGAAAAGACUGGUGUUGCUGUACUCAAAUUUAUGGAUAAGCUCAUGAGCAGAUACCCCGAGGUUGGAGGUCUUUAUUCUACAGAAGAUCGGAUUGGAAAUGGGUCUUUUCAGUUAGAAGCUCAAACGCCAUCAAGAAGCAACGCGGAGGCAGCGACCAUAUGGGAAAACUUUCUCUUGCUAAAACAUUACAGCCCACUUGUUGUGAAGGGAACAAAGGGCAUACUAGAAAAGUCAAGAGAUUCUCUCAAGUAA